AUUCGGACAACGAUGGGUCAAAGUUCGAUCAAGCCUCACAUCGAGAGAGCUGAAAAAUCUGGCGUUUGUCAACUUGCAAACAUGAGUUUGUCAGAGUUUCCCCCUGAUCUGCAAAGGUUGAUCAAGAACCUACGCACACUGGAUUUAUCCAGCAACAAGAUUCCAGCCCUGCCUCUGCUAAUCGGCCAGUUUGAUGCACUGAAGAGCCUAAAUGUGAGCAACAACAGACUUACAUCCUUACCAGAGGAAUUGGGUCACCUCAAGAAGCUGGAGACUCUCCAGUUGAACAACAAUCGGCUGACCUCCCUGCCUGCCUCCCUGUCUAAGCUGUCGGCUCUUAAGACCCUCUCCCUUUCAGGCAACAAGCUUCAGCGCUUCCCCCUGCAGGUCUGUGAGCUCCGGCACCUGGACAUCUUGGAUUUGUCCCAGAAUUCCAUCAGGAAGAUCCCUGACGGGGUGGGAAGGCUUCAGACUAUUGAACUGAAUGGUAACCAGAAUCAGAUUUCCUCUAUUUCCGAAUCCAUCGCUGAAUGUCCACGACUUAAAGUCCUCCGGUUAGAGGAAAACUGCCUCCAGUUAGCGGCUAUCACACCCAAGAUCUUGGAGGAGUCUGGUGUGUCACUACUAGCAUUAGAAGGAAAUCUCUUUGAUAUGAAACAACUCCAUGAUGUGCCCGGAUAUGAGAAGUACAUGGAACGGUACACUGCUGCAAAGAAAAAGAUGUUUUGAUGGGGCAUCUGUAUUGAGGGUUGCUUUCCAACGUUUUAGCCAUCGUGGAAGAUUUGGAUCCAUUGCUGGCAUCAGCACUGAACUGUCUUUCACAUCAAACUGAAAUCAUAAAAGUCGGGGAAGACAUUGCUCAUUUUUGAGAGGGAUAUUUGGAGUGUCACAGAAAUGUCGAAUAGGAUGCAGAGAAUGAUCACCAUCAGUGCUAUUCCUACUGUGAACUGGAGGGUUUUGGAAGAACUGUAAUUUCUCGCUGUUUGAAUGACUGGAUGACCCUUCUUGUAUCGGUGUCUUGGAAACAGCAUCAGAAAAACCAAGUUGGCCAUGGUCUCACCCUCAUAGAAAGCUAUGUAUGGCGCUGUACACAGCAUCAGUUUAUGAACUUUUUGAAACUUUUUAGAUGAACUUUUUGUUUGCACUUAGCAAAUAUGCGCUUGCAUUUUUGCAUUUUCCAGUGGAUAAUGCCUGCAUCAAUUUGUGAUGAGUAGUGCAAGUUUUUAGUCAAUUGGCCAAAUGGUUAGGAUGAGCAGAAUUAACAAACAAGUGUCUUAAGCAAUAGGUAAACUCAACCAGAGCAAUUAACAUGGAAUGAUUUGCCAAAAAUCUUUUACCGCAACAACGAGGAAGUACCUGUACUUUGGCUCAGUGCAGGUCAUGCUGAAGAUGUCAAAAGUGUCAAAUCUUUAACAACUGCUUACAACUGUCUGUGAUCUGCAACAUCACCUACAUGUAUAUGACUAUCUGUGGUCUGAAACUUUGCCUAAUGAUUGUCUGUGACUGUGAAAUGCUUGUAGCAUUUAUAACCUGCCAGCUGGUGAUAGUACUCCACUGAGUGUGCCUUGUGCCUUUUCCUUGGCUGGCAGUUGAGAUUGGGAGGUGGGAUUAUUACAACGUUGGCCUAUCUAGCCACCCAAAGAUUCAUCAGGGAUCAUCAUCAUGUUUAGGAAGUACAGCACUGCAGUAAUGACAUCACCCCUGCAUGUACCGAUAUUUAGGUACGUGUACAUGUACACGUACAGUUCAGUGCAUCACCAUAAUUCUCAGAAGAGAAACUGAAUUAGUUCAUCUUUGGAAAUCCAGUUGUGAAUUUGGAGUACAAAGUGACGUGUUCCUUGCAGGACAGGUUCAAGAAUUUUGUGUUGAGUCACAGUAAGUGUGAAUGUGAGUUCAACUUUGAAGACACUUCAGUGAUUUUACAGAUUAACAGGAAAUGCAGCUUCAAUCUUUAUUUGCAUUGAGUAUGAACAGCCCUUUAACUGCUGGAAAUAAUACUAACAACCACUGAUACCAUUGUCAGUUGUGAGUGUUUGGUGUCGAACAAAAUUUGCUCUUAAUGCUGCACCCACACCAAAGAAGACAGAGGUCUGAGGUAUUCCAUAAUUGCAUGGAUGGCUUUGUUACCUCGAUUAUCAUUAUGGUGAACAUUAGAAUCUAUAAAUGUAACUUUAAAAUUCAUAUCAUGUUGCCAUCAAAGGUUCUCUCUGAAGGAAGAGAGUUUGAUAAGCAGAGCCUUGCAAACAACAUCAAGAGGUAAAAGUGUGAACACAAAUCAGGUCAUUUUUUUCAACAUGUGUUAAAUAGUUAAAUACAUGUAAAGAAACAGUGAAAUGGCAUUGAAAUUGAAAAUGGCGUUUGAAAUUUCUACAGUUGUCUCCAUCGACUUCACUAUACUCAAACAACACACACACUGUAAGAUGCCUAAUUGUGUAAGAGUGGUCGCAUUCUAAUUUCUUUUCCUUGGAAGAGACCUUUAAAAAACAGACUCGCUUAUUCCAGACGUGUGAUUCUCUUCCAAUUUACUUUGUUGUCCAUCACCAUAAUACCAUAUUCUACAUAUUUGGCAACCUUAGAGGAAACAGGAAUCCAGACUCUGUUUUAUAUAACGGUACAUGUACAUGUCAUGCACUGGUACAACACACAUGACAACCUAAUAAGAGCGAUGGUACACAUUGCACAGUCCUGUUUCUCAUUAUGAAACUGCAAAUCAAAUUCCUUUUGUAGGAUUUUUAAUUGUGCAAUGGUGAGAGUUUCUUGCCCUUACGUGUAUUUCGGGGGGGUGGGGAUACCAGUAAUCAAGUGUACUUUAUCCCAAAUUACACUUACUAGUAUGUAAACCGCUGUUAGAUAUAAAACGGAUUUGUAUAUUUUAUGUACAUAAUGUAAUACAGAUGGCAUGUACAAGUCUGUUUUGGCUUCAUUUCCAGUCUGGGUGUAUAAUAUUGCUGCUGACUCCACAGGAAACUUUGUAAACUUUGACAAAUACGUGAUAUGUACAGGGAGACAGCUUUCCAGUUUAUGUUAACAGGUUUCUGUUUUGUCUCAUGCUGUUGAUUUGCAUUAAGCCCAUCAAAAAUGGAUCCAUGUAUUUUGUUUUUUUGUAGUGAGCAUUUUGGAUAUUGUUUUUAUUCUGGGUUCAAAAAAAGUGAAUCACAAAAUGUGACCCACCAUCCCCAAACGAGGCUGAAGUCGAUAUUUGUUAUGUUGGACAAUUCCUCUCCUUCAGCUCUUUUUUUUUUUAACUGUAAAGUGAUCCAUGGUUGAAUCGAAAUUCUGCCUGCAGUAAGCUUCUUACGGGAAGUGAUAGCUGUAAAACCCCCCAUGAAAAUCUGAUCAGUGGAAGUUCCACUAUUUU